AUGAAUUCCGGGGGACCACAAAUUCCCGGUCACCUCUUUGACGAAGACAUAUCCGAUGUUUCCGACAUGUCUAGCAAUGUCGAUGAGGAUGACUCGGACGAAUGUAGCUAUGCCAGCGACACGUCGAACAAUGACGAGUUCCCCGACACAUUCAGAGACGAUUACCACCACCUACGUGUCGAGAGCUACCUCUUUAAGUACAAUGAUUUCAAGGAGCAACGGGAGAAACGAAAGAAGAAGCUGCGUCUCACUAGGCGCCGAGACAAAGAGCGUGAAAACAAACUGAAGGAGGUCAUGUUGCCGAAAAUGCUUCAAUACCAGGAGAGAAAGGUCUCGCAGAUCCAAAACGCCAUCAGGGCCAUCAACGAGUCGCAAGCUGACGGAGAAAUGAACCCACUGGAGAACCUCAAAAACAUACAUUACAUCUACGAUUUAUAUUCUUCUCGGCAAUGUCGAUGGCUUGAAGACUUCGAAUUUCCCGUUGGCCAUCAAAUAUGCCUACCGAGACCUAAGCCUGCUCCUUGUCCAGUCACUUCCAACCUCGAAGAACCGAACGACCUCAGCAAGGGCCUCGUAACGACCGUCAAUGGUUUUAUCACUCUUAGUGAAGCUUACUGCGACCUCGAUGCAUUUUACCACCCACAGCACCCCGGAGAAAUCAUGAUCGAUGCAUGGACGACCGAUGGCUCUACCGGUGUUAAACGGGAGCGUGUUCACAUGGAUUUGAUCUUCCUCAAUGACACAUAUCUGGAGCUCAGGCUGCCUGCGCAUGCAGUCUAUGGACUACAGGACGAGCGAGGUUCUACGCCCCGGCCUCCGAACGCACCACUUUGGUUUGAAUUCUACGGCGAGCGGCAAACCCUUGAAACUCUGCGGCAACGAGAUGCAGAUAGCAAAGAACUGUACACAGACUAUGUUUAUUAG